AUGAGGAGCUCGUUCACUAAAUCAUUCAGUCAGUGACAGUCAGUCCUUCAGUACAGUUAAGAAGAGUGUUGUUAGAGUUGUGCGAGUGAUAUUUGUUGAUGUUAUGGGUUUUCAGUUUGUAUACCAAGACAUUUAAAUAAAAUGAGUGAAGUUUACAUAUCAAAAUAUAGACUUGUUCAAGAUUCAAAACCUCAUUAUGUAUAUACAGUCGAAGUUUUGGGAAAUUCUAUUCAUCAAAUUGUGGAGAAACGUUACAGUGCAUUCCACGCCCUUCACAGAGAGCUGAGGAAGCACUUUACAACACCCGCAUUUCCACCCAAGAGAGUAAGAUGCUCCCAGCCCAAAGUAUUGGAACAGAGGAGACAAGGUCUUGAGCAUUACCUGCAGACUAUGAUUAAGUUUGGACCAAGCAGAGCUCAGAUCAUGACUUUUCUUGGUAUAUCGGACAACAUCAGUGAAAGGGAAACAACCAAGUCUGUAAGCCACCAACCAGUGUUCAGAGUGUUCCUGACCUCUUCUCAUCAUCCUUCCCGCAACAAACUUCCGGAUAUUAUAACAGAAGGUGUGUUGUCAGCCAUCUAUGGACGUUAACACUUGUUGAUUCAUACAAUUACCAGUGUAAAUGCAUUGAUGAAAUUCAGCAUGACAAAAUGUGGUUGUGAACAAUAAAGUUAAUUUUCGUUUAGAACAUUUAAAUACUGUUAGUGUUUAUUUUUAAAUAAAACUGUUGUAAAAAAAGGA